AUGCGGCUGCCUCGAUGCCGGAUCCAGAAAGGCGAAGCAGGCAGCGGGCUGGACCAGAAGCUGCAGCAUCUCGUGUGCCGCCGCUACAGCUCUUCUGGUAUGUGCGACGGCGCCCGUCCUGCCUGCCGCUCUUGCGCAUCCAAGAAGAUUGCCUGCUUCUACGACGUCCCCGAGGGACAGACCAGGCUCGCCGCCCUAAAGAGCAACAACGCCCAGCUCCAAAGCCGCGUGUGGGCUUCAGGCAACCUCCUCUGGGCCCUGAAAACCUCCCCGCCAAACGACGUUGCACAAAUUCUAGAGCGCAUCAGAUCCAGCGACGACCCCUCGCUCAUACUCGACGACUUCGACCUCGAGCCCGGAGCCUUGAAACCCCCGCCCUCGCGAGCUGCCUCAGCACCAACCUCUCCUCUGCAUUUUUCCUCGGAGCCUGCCUACUACCCGUUGGAGUCCAUCUCUAUCGAUAAUUUAUACCCAUCAAAUGAACACUGUCUCUCAGCUUCCGUGCUUGCCCUUCUUAGGUCUCCGGCCAACCGCGAAGCUUUGCAACUUUUCCUUCAAUGCACCGGUCUUCUCUUCCACGUCUUCAGCAAGACGCAGGCUGAUUCCGUGCUGGAAGAAGUGCUCAGCAAUACCGGUACUGCCAUUGCCAAAACCUCACUUUGCGAGGUCUGCGCCAUGGCCGCUGUGGCCGCUCAAUAUCUCCAAGGAAGCACGGCCCCUGGCACUGGCCACCACUUCUACAAUGUCGCGAGGCAGUACUUGGACGACGCCAUAGCAGUCGAUCCCUUGCGCGCGAUGAAAUCCUGUGCCCUGUUGGCCAUGUAUAACAUUGUUACCAAGGCAUCUGUUGCAUUGGCAUGGUUGGUUGUUACUCUAGGUUACCCAUUGCGCGAUGACUGGAUGGAGAGCCUCAUCGCAUCUAGGGAUACCCCGUCAGAAUCUGUCCCUUUGGUCGCAGACAGUGUUCAGAGGGAAAUGACGCGACUCGCCACCAUAAAGACGAGAAUGGGUCUGACGCCUUUUUCGUUCACCGAGUCCUCAAAGGAUGCCAUUGAAAGUAUCAAGGCAGAUUUGCACAGAUGGUACGAUCAGCUGGAUCCUUCAAUGCAGCUGGCUCCAACUUCCGGGCAAACGAUCGAUCGGAAUUGCAGGCGCGGUAUUUAUCUCAUGCACUGUCUUCACUUGGGGACAAUGAUGUUCCUUCAACGCCAAAUUCUCCAGGAAUACGUCUCAACCGCAAAUUUCGAUCCCAAAUUAGCCGACGAAACUAUCCGAAACCUUUCUGAUUCGGUCGAGGAGGGGUUUACUGCAUCGACGACCAGCGCAAGAAUCCUUGGCCUCAUUCAUGCAGAUGGCGGCAUCUUUCAACGCUGUUGGCUGUGCAUUUACCAGUCAUAUAUGGCUACAACGGAGAUACUGUUCAUGACGACGCAGAAACUCCUACACGGCUUUCCGGGGAUACAAUGUCGUCCGGAUCUAGCUGUGGCGACCCAAUCACUGGCAGUGCUGGAGUUCUGUGCUAAUGUGGACCAUCUCGCCAAGGAACUCCUGAGUUCCGUCCAGAACCACUACGAGUACCUCGAUUCCCUAACCAAGGACGACGUGGAUAGCAUUGAGCAGAUGUAUUGCUUCAGCCCGCCUCAAGAACCAGCCGUGGCCCAUUUGAGCCUGCCAUGGGAAGCCCUGCUGAAGCUUCCCACAGGAGAAUCUAAGCUUCACAAGCUAUCGCAACAUCUGAUGGCCAAAAUCUGCUCUCCGCUUGCGGAUAUCAAGGUAAUUGGGCAGCAUGGCUUCAGAGGUCCUGUGGCAUCGUCCAGUAUCCCUAUGCCCUUGAGCAGCGCCGAGGAGGCUGCCAUCGGUGCACAUUUAGAUUGGUCAGCCGACGCAGGACUUUGUGGACCAGAUACACCAACGGACUCUAUGGGAAAUUUGAUUUUCAUGAAGCUCGGAAAUGAUGUUUUGGACCAUUCGAACGAUACCUAA